AUGUCGCUCAAAGGCUUCUCCGGGGAGACAGUUCAGCUAGCUGGGAUGAUCACAUUGUCAGUCCAAGUGGGUAGCGCUCCUAGCACUGCCCCUGUCAUGGUCGACUUCUUGGUGGUAAGAGCCUCUUCCUCGUACAAUGCCAUCAUCGGACGGCCAACUCUCAACAAAUUGAAGGCGAUCACCUCCACUUACCACUUGAAGGAGCUGAAACCAAAGACCAAAGGAACGACAAAUAGCGUGAAUAUGCGCCUCUCAAGAAGCUGCGAUAAGCUCUUGACAAAAAUGCGAGCUGUCUCGGCUGAAAGGGAGGGAGAAGGGAAUUCAGUGAACAUAUCUCCGUUGACAAAAACCUUCUUCAAAGACAAAGCUUCACCAACUAGUUACCUCCACGCUGGAACCAAAAGGAUGGGUGUAAUGCCAAAGGGCUGUUCAAUCCCUCGCGCGGUGUAG